AUGGAAGUUGAGAUAAUUUCAAGAGAAAACAUCAAGCCCUCUUCACAAACACCUCAUCACUUGAAAACCUACAAACUUUCACUGUUAGAUCAAAUCAUUCCACCUGUUUAUUUUCCAGUACUCCUAUAUUUCCCUGCACAGCCUAAUGUUAGUGCAGAUGUUGAAUUCAUUUCUCACAGAAUACUACUUCUGAAACGAUCACUUUCUUUGUGUUUAACUCGUUUCUACCCGUUUGCUGGAAUAAUCACGGACAGUCUAUCUGUUGAUUGUAACGACGAAGGGGUUCCUUUUGAUGUGGCUAAAGUCAAAAUUUGUCUAUCGAAUUUUCUUGAACAACCUGAUCUUCGAUGGGUUCAAAGUUUUCUGCCUUGCGCGUUUAGUUGGGAGGAAAAAGCACAAGGAUCGAACGUCUUGAUGAUACAAGUGAAUGUUUUCGAUUGUGGUGGGCUAGUGAUUGCCAUAAAUGUGUCACACAAUGUAGCAGAUGGCAUGACAUUGUGCACAUUUUUGAAAGAUUGGGGCCUAAUGGCACAAGGGUCUAGCCAAGAAAUAUUUCCUAAUUACAUGGCACAAUCUCUUUUUCCACAGAUAAAUAGCCUGCCAGACGAGAAGCACUUAUUUUCCGAUAUUAAGCACUUCGUGAAAAUAGCCAAGUACAUUCCAAGAAGGUAUGCAUUUGAUGCCUUAGCCAUAUCCACGCUUAAGGCCAAAUCAACAAGCUCAGCAGUCAAAUCCCCCACGCGUGUUGAAGUUAUAUCAGCAUUCAUCUGGAAAUGUUUCAUGGCUGCAAAAUCUGGUGCAUCUUCGACAUCUUUACUGACUCAUGCGGUGAACUUGAGAAGAAAAACCGAGCCGCCCCUUUCUGAAAAUUGUUUUGGGAAUUUCUUAUGGAUAGCAGCAGCACAAAAUAGUAACGAAAACGAGACAGAUUUGAGAAUCCUGGUGAGUAAAAUAAGGGAAUCGAUAAGCAAAAUUGACGACGACUUCGUUAAGAAUAUGCAACGCGAAAAAGGGUAUACCGGUUACUAUGAAAAUCUUGAAGAAACUUCGGAGAGGAUUCCUAAAGAGUCUGAAAUUUUGUCUUUCAGCAGUUGGUGUAAGUUUGGUAUAUACAAUAUCGACUUUGGCUGGGGAAGGCCUAUAUGGGCAUCCAACUGUGUACCUGCGUAUUCAGAAUCACUAUUGUUGAAUAGUGUUACAUUAAUGGACACGAGAUCCGGGGAUGGAAUUGAAGCGUUAGUGAUUCUAGAAGAAAAAUAUGUUGCAGCAUUCGAAAACAAUGAGGAGCUUCAGGCUUUCGCUUCCAUUGAUCCUAGUCCAAUGGUACUAGGGAAGCAAGUAUUGCAUUCAUAA